CCAACAGAAGAAGAAGCCAUUUCGGAAUGCUCCUUCAGAUCGAACGUUACCUUCCUAUAAAACAUCAUUUGGAACGUAGACUACUUAGUGCGCUCACGAGAGGGAGAGGUGACCGCUCCAGGGGUGGACAUGUCAUUCCCUAUUUGAAAUUAGAAAGUUAUAAGGAAAUCAUAAAGGCAACAAGGACAAGGAGGUGGUGGAUGCUCUCAUUUACAAGUUCAGCGCUAGACGUUGGCUCAGCUGUAGCAUUGCUUUGGCCAGCCGUGUUGAAGUCGUUCACCCUGCUCCCCGCCAUCCUGGAGACUGAGAGGCUACUCUGUGAGCAGGGGGUUUGAGGGAGGCUUCUUUCGCAUGCAGGAUGCUGGUUUUUCCUCCUGUUGCUUUAAAACCCGACGUCAGGGAUCACCUCAGGAAUACUUUCACAAAUGAAGAGCUGGUAUCUGAGGUGGGUGAGGAGGUUGCUGAUCGGGAGUUUGAGGCUCUGCUGUCUUCGCUGUCUCAUCCCCCGUCCUUCACCUGCGUGCGAGUGAACACUCACCUGGCCCCACAGCAGCAAAUCCAACACGCACUGCAGCAAGAGCUCACAGGGCAGCAACUGUGUGGUUGUCAUGGCGAGGAUGCGUCACUUGUGCCUCUGCCACAUCCACAACUUCCAGAUGUCCUCCUGUUACCCAUCAUUGGACCCAGGUACACACACACACACACUUCCAGAUGUCCUCCUGUUACCCAUCAUUGGACCCAGGUACACACACACACUUCCAGAUGUCCUCCUGUUACCCAUCAUUGGACCCAGGUACACACACACACACACUUCCAGAUGUCCUCCUGUUACCCAUCAUUGGACCCAGGUACACACACACACACACACACUUCCAGAUGUUCUCCUGUUACCCAUCAUUGGACCCAGGUACACACACACACACUUCCAGAUGUCCUCCUGUUACCCAUCAUUGGACCCAGGCGUGUGUGUGUAUUGGACUCUGAGGUGGUGGUGGGUGCGCAGUGUGGAAGUUCUGUUCUGAGAGGGGCACAUGUCUUUGCUCCAGGGGUCUUGAGUGCUCCAAAGACUCUGCAGGUUGGUGAUAUGGUGUCUGUGUUUUCUGAUGUCGAGAACAAGUGCACCCGUGGAGCGAAAAGCUUUGAGGGACAGAAGGUGUUUCUGGGAAAUGGAGUUUGUGAGAUGAGUCGGUCUGAAGUGUUCUGCUCUAAAGGGCUAAUGAGGGGAGUGGCUGUGAGGAUGACCGAUCGUUUGUACAUCACUCCAUGUUUUGACAGAGUUCUGCCACAUCUAGUGUUUCUGCAGAACUUGCCCUCUGUGUUGGUGAGUCAUGUGUUGGGGCCGCGGUCGGGAGAGUGUGUGUUGGACAUGUGUGCUGCACCUGGAGGGAAAACCACACACAUCGCCACCCUGAUGAGGAACCAGGGAGUGGUAGUGGCGCUAGACAAGAUCCGGUCCAAAGUGGAGAAGCUCCGUGAAAAUGCAGCCAAUCAGCAACUGGACUGCAUCCAGGCCUUCUGCUGCAACAGCAUCCAGGCCGUUGCCACGGGGACCAGCCCCAGCCAGAAGAGCAUGUGGGAUGGAGCUAACGGCCCCCCGUUCCCCGAGGGGAGUUUUGACCGGGUGUUGUUAGACGCUCCCUGCAGUGGCCUCGGCCAGAGACCCAACAUGGCCGUCAGCAGCAGCCUGAAGGAGAUCCGAUCCUACCAGCCGCUACAGAGGAAGCUCUUCAACACGGCAGUGCAUCUGCUGAAGCGGGGUGGAGUGCUGGUGUACAGCACCUGUACUGUCACUCUGGCGGAGAAUGAGGAACAAGUGGCCUGGGCCCUCAGAACCUUUCCAUAUCUAACACUUCAGCCUCAGGAACCCAACCUCGGAGAGCAGGGCAUGCUGGGAGCUGGACUGUCACAUGACCAGAGACGGCUCCUCCAGCGAUUCCACCCACGGAUGAAUGAAGGCGGAGCCUCAGAUGGCCACGCCCCCAUGCCCUGCCUUGAUGAUGCAGACUCAGACACCAUUGGUUUCUUUAUUGCCAAAUUCUUUAAGAGCUGAUCCACGCAACACACUUGCCACACGCGUACAUAAAACAGACUGUCAUCAAUGAUGUGGCAACUAAGAAAGUGCAUUAAAAACUGGUGGUUGAUGGUCA